UUUUCUAGAAUUCGACUUAUAUACACAAUAGCAAAAGGGUUGCCUCUAUCAUUUAGAUCGUUUUAGAUCGUCGAAAUUCUUGGUAUUUGCUUUCGAUUAGCUUAGCGUUGAAACUUACGCGGGUAUCGAUAUAGAAAUUCAGAAAGUGUAAUUAAAGUCGACGUUCUCAUCACAAUUAUAAAACAUUACGCCGUUGGGCUCUUGAAUAUUAAGGUUUUUGUUGAUUAGAUUUAGAAAAUUUCCUUAAAAGCGUGUGACGUGUCAUUCUUGCUCAUAUUUUAAACGUCAUUACGAAUAUUUAUUUUGCUUGCAGUUUGUGAAGGAAAUAACUGUGCAAAAUGAUUAGCGACGUGCAACUGGCUAUAUUUUCCAAUGUUUUGGGUGUUUUCCUAUUCCUGUUAGUAGUAGCUUACCACUAUAUCUCAGCCAACUCUAACAAAAGUAUAGCGAAGACAAAAUAAAAAUAUUCUUAAAUACACAGCAGAUUUCAAUAUAUUUAUUAAAAAAAAUUGAUCUUGGAAUAAAUGAAUAAAUUUUAAAUAACUACUUGGCCUUUUUUACUUUAGUGAGCCAAGGUUUUUUUAUUUUGGAUGAUGAAAGGAAACUUAUUAAUUCAAGCUAGGAAUAUCGUCAACAACGUCCAUGACAUCGACUUCUUCGACACUUUUGGAUGGUUUUUUCGUAUGUCUUUUAUACGGUUUGCCGCAUAAUUGUUCAAACCUAUAAUUAGAGGGGAAUUUGUGUUUGCUGAUGCAGUGUUCUCUACGUUGCUUUGGUGUAAGAAUUUUUACUUUACAUUCUCCCAAAAAACAUGAAUACAUAGCUUCUCCACGUUUUGCGCGAAUAAUAAAAUAGGAAUCGUGACACUCUAAAAUAUGCAAAUCCAGCAAAUGCGCUGUAGGCAAACAACGACGGCAAACAGAACAUAUAUAUCGAUGUUCAUUGUAAAAAUGAGACUGGUAAGAAGCGGCGUUUUUGAAAGCAACUUGACAUCCAGGCAUAUCACAAAAUAAAUCGUUUUUGUCCGUCUCAGGCAAAUCUUCUUGUAAUUCAUUAGCAACAGUUAUGACUCCAAGUUUUUUGUA